AUGCAGUCGCCAUCGAAGAAUGCUGUGAUCGCGACAGCUCAAGACACGACAACGCUCAAAAGUAUUUUCUUUGUCAGCAACAUCCACUGCUCGUCAUGCGUCACCUACAUCACGGAGAUUUUUUCUGAGAUCACGGGCGUUCGGAGCGUCGACGUUUCCAUCCUGACGCCCCAAGUCUGUGUUGUGCAUACCACCGAGACGACCCCUUUAAACCUCGCUACGGCCUUGAUCCAGGCGGCGUUUGAGGUCCACCACGUCACUACGGAGGAUGAGAGAGGUGUGAUGGUGUCGGACCUCGAUACAACCUCGUCGCUACCUCGAAACAUUAUGCUUUUCACAGCCCAGCAGGACAGCCAUUCGAAAGGAGCUCCGCAGGACCGACACAUCGCAAACUGUGAUGCGUGUCGAAAGGAAGAGCUGAAAAGCGAUUCCGUCACAGUUUCGUGUGUGUCUAAGGCAGCGUCAUCCCAGUCGGUCGAAGCUUCCAAAUUCAAAGCCCGCUUGAGCAUCGGCGGGAUGAGCUGUGCGUCAUGCGUCAAUACCAUCACCAACGAGCUCAUCCAGCUGGAUUUCGUCGAGGACGUGGUCGUCAACUUGUUGACUAAUAGCGCAACGGUGGUUUACAAUGGGCUCCAGAAGAACUCGGGAAAACUAGUGGAUCAGAUCGAAGAUAUUGGUUUCGAGGCUGCUCUUGAUGAGGUGGAGAUGUUGAACGAUCCGUCAACUUCUAAGAAGGCUCUGAUGUUCACGGCUGAGAUUGCCAUCGGUGGCAUGACUUGCGGUUCGUGCUCGGGCGCGGUGACUCGGGGUCUCGAGGAGCUACCCUUCGUCAAAGAGGUUUCAGUGAAUCUGUUAUCGCAUAGCGGAAAGGUCGAAUUCGAGGGCCAGAAAAACGUCGACUUGAUCUUGGAAAAGAUUGAGGACUUGGGAUAUGACGCCUCCAUUACAAGUGUGCAGGCUUCGAAUCACAAAAAAGAUGAGGUCGAGAGUCGAACAAUUUCCAUCCGCGUGGAUGGUAUGUUCUGCCAUCACUGCCCUGAGAAGGUUCUUAGAUCCUUGAAGGACAUCCCAGGCCUCGAAGUCGACGAUGCGCUUUCAGUCAAAAAUCCCAUCCUUCAAGUCACAUACAAGCCGUGUCCUCCUAUACUUACCAUCCGAAGUAUCAUCGACCUCAUCAACAAAGCACACGAUGCCUUUACCGCCUCUGUCUACCACCCUCCGAGCAUUGAAGACCGUUCAAGAGCGAUGCAGUUGCACGAGAGGCGACGGCUAUUGUCUCGUCUACUCUUCGUUCUUACUGUCGCUAUCCCAACAUUUCUCAUCGGUAUUGUAUUUAUGAGCCUUGUCUCAUCCGACAACCACGUUCGAAAGUAUUUGGAAGGAUCGAUCUGGGUGGGAAAUGUGUCUCGUAUUGAAUGGGCGCUCUUCAUCAUGUCAACACCAGUUAUGUUCUAUGGGACAGAUAUCUUCCACGUUCGUGCGAUCAAGGAAAUAUACUCUCUCUGGAGGCCUGGAAGUCGAGUGCCAAUUCUCCGGAGAUUCUAUCGAUUUGGCAGCAUGAAUCUUCUCAUUUCAGCCGGCACUAUGGUGGCUUACGUAUCGUCGCUCGCCGUUCUCAUCGUCGACGCCGUCGUCGCUAAGCCGUCCGACAACACACAUAGCAUGACAUACUUUGAUUCGGUCAUUUUCCUCACCCUCUUCAUUCUCGCCGGUCGGUUUAUCGAGGCAUACAGCAAAGCUAAGACCGGAGACGCAGUUGCCUCGCUUGGGAAAUUGAAACCGUCCGAUGCCCUGUUGGUCGUCAGCAGCGAUAAUUCAGGAGACGAAAUCCAACGAACUGGUCUUGACUUGCUUGAAAUCGGUGACAUGGUCAGCAUCCCACAUGGGUCUUCCCCUCCAGCCGAUGGAACUCUUGUGGACGACGGCUCCUAUCAGUUCGAUGAAAGCUCCUUGACGGGAGAGUCGAAACCGGUCAAGAAGUCAAGUGGUGAUCCAGUAUACACCGGCUCCGUCAACGUUGGUCAGCCCGUGAAGAUCAAGGUAACCGCCCUCGGCAGCGCAUCGAUGCUGGACCAGAUCAUUUCCGUCGUGCGUGAAGGUCAAAGUAGACGCGCACCUUUAGAACGGGUCGCGGAUAUGCUCACCUCGCAUUUUGUGCCCAUCAUCACCCUCAUCGCCAUCUCGACUUUUGUGAUUUGGCUAUCUUUGGGGCUGUCGGGUGUUCUUCCGGUAGACUACCUGGAUGUGCCACACGGUGGCUGGGUCUUCUGGAGUCUGGAAUUUGCAAUUGCGGUCUUUGUGGUAGCCUGUCCUUGCGGACUUGCACUGGCAGCUCCCACAGCGCUUUUCGUUGGCGGGGGAUUAGCUGCCAGACGGGGAAUUCUUGUCAAGGGCGGCGGUGAAGCAUUCCAAGAAGCCAGCCAUCUUGACGCUAUUGUUUUCGACAAAACUGGCACCCUCACCGAAGGAGGCAGUCUAGCGGUGUCGGACCACGAGGUGCUUCUCACUGACCCUGAACAUUUGCAAGUCGCCUGGACUCUGGCUCAAAAGCUCGAGGAAAGUAGUACUCACCCAAUCGCCCGGGCGAUAACGGAUUUCUGUCGUCAACGAUCUUCUAUCCCUAUCCUCAGCUCCGAUAUCGAGGAAAGGCCUGGUCAGGGAUUGAGAGGCAUUUUCAUCGUGCAAAAGGACAGCGUCACUACGGUUAAAUUUGAAGCAGCAAUCGGCAACCAGCGGCUACUGCAGAGUAUGUCGUCUCAAGCCGAUGAUGAUCAUCUGAAUAGUCUCCUGUCCAAAUACCAAAUGUCUGGAAAGUCCACUGCGAUCUUCUCAAUGCGCCAGAUCUCAGAGUCAACCUCUGAACACAUCCGUCCUGUCAUCGUGUUUGGGAUCUCCGACACCAUCCGCCAAGACACGGUGCAGGUGAUCUCUAAGCUCCAGAAGCGCAAAGUCAACGUCUUCAUGUGCACCGGUGAUAACCAGACCACCGCCUAUGCUGUCGCUGACAUGAUCGGCAUCCCACGCUCGAACGUCAAAGCCAACGUCACCCCGGCCGGAAAAGGCGAGUUUGUUCGCCAAGUCCAAGACGGGCUCGUUCUAUCCGGACCUCCUCGCAGCGACUCCGAAGCCGAAAGUCAACAGACCGAGAACAAGAGCAGAAACGCUCCCGCGUCGCGUUCUAUCGUCGCGUUCGUCGGUGACGGCGUGAACGACUCACCGGCCCUCGCCGCCGCAGACGUCAGCAUCGCCAUGGCCUCGGGUUCUGACGUCGCCAUGAACUCCGCCAGCUUCAUCCUGUUGAAUUCGGAGCUGGAUACUAUCCUCCAGCUGGUUGUGCUCAGCCGUCGCGUAUUUACCCGCGUCAAGAUGAACUUCUGCUGGGCCGUCGUGUACAACCUGAGUCUUAUCCCGAUCGCUGCCGGUGUCCUGUACCCCAUUGUGAACGGACACUCGAUGCAAAUGGGCCCUGAUGGCGGAUCUGUCAUGGUGAAUACCCACUGGCGACUGAGUCCGGUAUGGGCGGCUUUGGCGAUGGCUUUGAGCAGUAUCUCCGUUGUGCUUAGCAGUCUUGCGUUGGGGAUUCAAUGGCGGAAGAUUGGAAAGUGGCUCUCUUUUGGUUUGGGUAGUAAGUGA